AUGGUGGAUUACUAUGAAGUUCUAGAAUUGCAGAGAUAUACUUCACCUGAGGACAUUAAAAAGGCUUAUUGAAAAGUGGCACUUAAAUGGCACCCUGAUAAAAAUCCAGAAAAUAAAGAAGAAGCCGAGAGAAAAUUCAAAGAAGUAGCUGAGGCAUAUGAGGUAUUAUCAAAUGAUGAAAAACGGGACAUUUACGAAUAUGGCAAAGAAGGAUUAAAUGGUGGAGGCAGAAGUCAUUUUGAUGAUUCUUCUGAGUAUGGCUUCACAUUCCGUAAGCCAGAUGAUGUCUUUAAAGAAAUUUUUCGUAAAAGGGACCCAUUAUCAUUUCAUUUCUUUACAGACUUGCUUGAAGACCUUUUAAAUACCAAAAGCUCCUAUGGAAGCAGAAACAGAGGUGAAAGAUCCUUUUUCUCUACAUCCAGUGAAUAUCCAGCUUCGAGAUUUUCUUCAUAUGAUACAGGAUAUAUACCAUGUGGUUCACUGGGCCCUGAGGGCCUUAAUUCAUUCUCUUCCCUGACAUUUGACAACAGUGGGAUGGGCAACUACAUAUCUGUUACAACUUCAAGUAAAAUUGUUAAUGGCAGAAAUACCAAUACAAAGAGAAUUAUUGAGAAUGAUCAAGAAAGAGACGAAGACGAUGGUGAGUUGUAG